ACUGUCAACUGUCACUAUGCGCUGGCACUCUGAAAUAUACGGCUGUAUAGUGUUGCUUGCUAUAUUUUGCAGCGCUUCAUCUGUUAGAAGGGACACACCAUGUGCGGCCAGAGCCACAAACGUCUCUGUUGUAUGUGUGUGCAAUGCCACAUACUGCGACGAAAUCACACGAGUAUCACCGCCAAGGGGCACGUUUUAUGUCUACAUUUCUUCUAACGCAGGAUUAAGGUUCUUUAAAACGUCUGGCGUAUUAAGUCAAUACGGGCCGCGUAAACCAUACUGCACUACGGUGUUGGAUCUCGACCUGUCUACAAGGCACCAGACUGUGGAAGGUUUCGGGGGCGCCGUCACGGACUCAGCUGGCAUGACCUGGGCCAACAUCAGCAAUCCACAGCUAAAGGAGUACUUGAUUAGAUCCUACUUCGGCAAUACGGGAAUCGAAUACAACAUGCUCCGACUACCCAUAGCCGCUACGGAUUUCUCCCCGCGUCUCUACUCCUACAGCGAUGAGCCAGAGAACCAGACCACGCUUACCAACUUCUCUUUGGCUCCAGAAGAUUAUAAAUACAAGAUACCAAUGAUCAAAGCCGCAAUGAAAGUGGCGACAGACGAGCUGCAUAUAGUAGGGUCGGCCUGGGGCAGCCCUCUUUGGAUGAAGACGAAGCCAAACUUUACGGGGACGGAGCAAAUCAAGGAGGAGUACUACGGGGCAUUUGCUGAGUACCAUUACAAAUUCAUAGAGCACUACGCAGCCCAAGGCAUAGAUAUCUGGGGUCUUACUACAGUGAACGAGCCUCUAAGCGGGCUCAUGAGUUUAGGCAACAACAACCGAGUGACAUGGACGGUACAAGGGCUUGGUACAUGGAUAGCUGAGCAUCUCGGGCCAAUGAUAAGGAAUUCCUCCUUCAAAGAUGUGAAAAUUUUGACUGGAGAUGACCAGAGAAUGUGUGUGACUCUAUGGUUUAACUUGGUAGUCGUGGAAACCCCGGCAGCGUUAGACUACAUAGAUGGCGUGGCUGUGCACUUUUACUUCGAUGACUUUACCCCGCCGGAGAUGUUGACGGAACCAUUGAAGAAUUACCCGGGGAAAUUCGUCAUCUACACUGAAUCAUCUAUUGGCGUCGAUAAAACCCCUCAUGUAUAUUUUGGGUCAUGGGAUCGUGCUCAGCAAUAUGCGCGGAAUAUUAUUGAGGAUUUAAACUACAAUGUCAUAGGCUGGAUUGACUGGAACCUAUGCCUGAACCCUCAAGGAGGUCCGAGCUGGCUUUCAACAGCUCUAGACGCUGCCAUCAUCAUCUUCGCCGAAAAUAAUGAGUUCAUCAAGCAGCCCAUGUUCUACGCUUUGGGGCACUUCUCGAAAUUUCUUCCCAGAGGGUCAGUCAGAGUGGGGAAAGUGCAGUACUCGCCUUGCAAGGAGAAGGUGGAUAGCGUGUCGUUUGUGACUCCUAGGGGGACUGUGGUGACUGUGCUACAGAAUGAGAACUUAAAAGAACAGUCAGUGCUUAUACGAGCUGGAAACCGAUCUGCUUCAGUUCUACUACCACCUGAAUCCAUAGCGACAGUCGAAUUUUCUUAUAAAUAAAAAUUAUUACCAAAA